CCCGCUCGCGCUCAGCUCAGCCACCUCUCCCCCUCUUCCUCCUCCACGCUUUUUUCAUGACUACUUUCAACCCCGUUGCGCCUCGGGCCCAGAUGCAGUGUGCCGCGGCGCGUCGUCCUGUGCACUUUUCAGAGCCCCCGCGCGCGGAAGGAGAAACCAUUCGUGAGCCGUGCAGAGAAUGAGUCCCGCAUAACUCCGGGUAUUGUUGUUAUCUCCCCCCUCCCUCCUUCUCUCUCUCUCCCUCCCUCUCUCUCUCUCUCUCUCUUCUCCCCUCCUGUCCCCGCGCUCUCAGAGUUGAGUUCGUGGUACAUAAGUAUGGUAGAUAAAGGCCCCUUGUUGACCUCUGCCAUUAUUUUUUACCUGUCCAUUGGGGCAGCGAUUUUUCAAGUCUUGGAGGAGCCCAAUUGGAAGGAGGCUGCAAAGAAUUACACUGCCAGGAAGGAUACAAUACUUAAGAAGUAUCCCUGUCUGACGCAAGAUGAUUUGGACAAAAUAUUAGAGGUGGUGUCUGAUGCUGCAGGCCAGGGGGUCACGAUAACCGGCAGCAAGACCUUCAACAACUGGAACUGGCCAAAUGCCGUUAUCUUUGCCGCCACCGUUAUCACCACUAUCGGAUAUGGGAACAUCGCACCCAAAACGCCAAAGGGGCGUGUGUUCUGCAUCUUCUACGGCCUGUUCGGUGUGCCCUUGUGUCUUUCCUGGAUCAGUGAGCUGGGAAAGUUCUUCGGUGGCAGAGCCAAGCACCUGGGCCAGUAUCUAACCAAUAAAGGGUUCUCACUGAGAAAGGCUCAAUUUACCUGCACAGCUAUAUUUAUCCUCUGGGGUGUGCUGGUGCAUUUAGUCCUUCCACCUUUUCUAUUUAUGUCCCAAGAGGGUUGGACGUAUAUCGAAGGCUUGUACUUCUCAUUUGUCACCUUGACCACGAUUGGUUUUGGGGACUUGGUUGCAGGUGUGGAACCAAAUAAAGAAUACCCGAGUCUGUACCGCUACUUUGUGGAGGUGUGGAUUUAUCUGGGCUUGGCCUGGCUUUCUUUGUUCUUCAACUGGAAAGUGCGGAUGGUGAUCGAGGCCCACAAGGCACUGAAGAAGCGCCGCAAGCUGCGCAAGCUGUCUCUCGACGAGCUGCGGCACUACAAAGAGUCGAGAGACAAGGCCGCCCUCCGUCUGCCACCCUCCCCCAACGAUGUCAACAUCUUCAGCUUCCUGUCCAAGAAGCAGGAAGGCUACAACGACUUGAUUAAACAGAUUGGCACCAAAAAAGUUGGCGGGAACAACGGUGGCAAAGACAACGCCGCGAUGAAGUCCAAAGAUAUCGCUCGCUCCAAGAGCUGCAAUGAUUCGCCCAUGUUCAACGGACACACCAUACUGAGCCUGGACCGAUCGCCGCGCCAGAAGAGACGCUAUAGUUUCAGCGACCGAGUCACUGUUGCUUUCUCAAAGUCCAAGAACUACCUCCUGGGCUCGGACAACGGUUUGCUGCUAACGGAGGACCACGUGGAAGGAGACUCGCAACUCGACCGGGGCCAAAUGUACGAGAACCAGCUGGACAAGGACAUAGACCCGGAGGACGGAGGGGUGGGAGAAUGUGGAGCGGGUGGUCGGAGGACGUGGGACUCAAAAGAGUACCAUCCCCUCACAUUCCAGAAUGCAAACAUUACUUUUAUUGACGAGGAGAACUUUCUCAGCAAUAACCUGGAGGGGGAAGAGGAGGGGGAGGGGGAGGGGGAUGAUGAUGAUUCUAAAGCAAAACUAUCCAUCACUACAUGUGAUGAAAACAUUGAAACAAACUCCAAGGAGGAACACAGUUCUGAAUCCGAAGGGUCUGUGUUCACGAGUGACGGUUCAGAACACAGCCACUCCUACGAGAAGCUUGUGGAGGAAUAUGCAAAGGAGGACAAUACCGAAUCUUGAGGUAUCACAAACGCUGUCUAGAGUCAACGCGUCUUCCCGGUCCCGGGUGUUUGAGUUGGCUGGCAUUGAAGUAUUCUAAUGUGAAGUGUUUGAACGGAUUUCAGAAGUCCCGUUGCACGUUUGGGCAUCUGAUAACGACCACAGCAAAGCCAAGAUCAAAUUUCUAUGAAAUGUUCUAUAGCUGAGAAAUGGAAAUCCCCAUCACGUUGUCCAUAUAAACUCUUGAACAAUCGUCUCGAUGAAGAUGGACGACAGAGCGUGACAUACAACCCAUGAGUAUUAAACAUCUACUCUAUUGAUGCCUUUUUAUCUCGUUGGAGAAAACCAAAGGACAUAUUUAUUAUAAUGUCCAAACAAGAACUUUACCACGAGUGCUUUUUUUCUUCUUUUCUUGCAGGCUGAUGAUAAUUUGUAUAUGGAAAUGUAUUAGAUUCCCCAUAGAUGGAUAGAUGGAUAGAUAGAUAGAUAGAUAUAUACUUUAUUAAUCCCCAAGGGGAAAUUUGUAGUUUCUUCUAUGUAUAUUCACCAUAUUGGUGUGUUUAUAAUAUUUAUUAAAAUGAAGGACAUAGUAGCGUUUAUUCAAUAGCUGCAUGGGUUUAUAUGUCUCCCAUUGCGCAAUUCCACCAAAUGAGGACAGUUCAAAGUCUGUUUCAGUGCAUGAUUUAUUUUUCCAACCUGAGCCAAACAUUUGUCCUUACAUAACAUAAAGGGGUCGAAGGCCAUUUCUCCUUUUUUUUCUUCUUUCUUUAAGUAUGUCAUUUGUUUCUGUUGUGAAUUCCUUGCUGACUAGUUGUGUCUUAAUAUUUCUGUUUAUUUUGACUGAGCAAUAUAAUUGUGCACUAGAGGUUGACAGUGAUGCGUAGCGACGUCUGGGAGUCGAAAACCAACUGAAUCAAACUUGGAAAGGAAAAUCAUUCAUUGUAUGAGCAGAGAAGCAUUUAUGGCAAAUCUGAAUAUUCUGCCAGAGAAGAAAACCCAAACUAUGAUUUAUUUGCCUUUUUGUUGUUGCUCUAAACCUUUUUGACUGCUGUAAAAAAAAAAAUCAGCUUUGUGAAUGAUCCUGAUUACCCUCACGUUGUUUCAGUGAACACAAACGCUGUUAUGUUGCUUUGCUUGUUGAGUGUUGUUCUGUGUCUUGUGCUAUCUGCUAGGCGUUGCAUAAUUCCCUUGGUUUUAUUUGUCAUGUAAAUACUGGCCGAAAAACCCUUUCGGUAGCCACAAACACAGCUCUGCUGAUGUUUGUCUUUGGGGGCUCGCAUUUAUGACGAGGUUGAGCCGAGGUCAACUGGCAACCCAUCGAUGCUCUCUUGACAUACGAUUCGGCCAUGAGACGCAAACUCGGCAGUGUCGUCGCUCUCGAUGGCCGCGUUUUGUUUGCCCCUCGGCCCGUGUGUGUGCACAGCAGCGUGAACACACAGGGACUGAUAUAUAAUGUCCAUUGCUUUUCACGGUCUUGACUCUUGGAAGGGCCUGUAGUCGCCCUGAUCACCUUUCUUUUUUUUGUGCACACGUUCACUUGAAACAGUGAUACAGUACACUACUUUUGAAUUUGCAACUCCUCGUGGAUAGUAUACUGUUAACAUAUUCACAUCAUUCGUCGGGUUCGUUUCUUAACUCCUAACUCGGCCGAACAGCUGAAUGCGGUUCGGGGGGGAAAUGCCUUUUAAAUCCACUGCAAGGGGAUACCAGGGUUUUUCCUGGGUCAAAAUGGGUCUUCGGUGCUCCCCAAAUUUUUUUUUGCCAUCUAUUCACGUCGAGCUGUUGAGUGAGUGAUCAGCAGCUGGCCGCUCUGUCAAGUCGCGCACCUCACAGUUGCGUAUUGAUCAGACAAGAAGACACGCUUAUCAACUCCAGUGUUUCCCCUACCAUUAUAACAGGGUGAAAUCUGACGACCCGUCACCCUGUAAUUUUCGUCUACCCCCCGUCAACACUUCUCGGCUCGCGCGACAGAGCGAUGCGCGCGCGCGCGCCAGAGCUCCGAUGCCGGCGCGCGCCUCGCUCAGCCGUGAUGCGCGCACACAGGUGAGCACACCUCAGUGUUAAAUUAAGCUUAGGGCACCAACAUGGCUAGCGGCACUAGUCCCGCCCCCCUGAAGCUCUAAACUUAGGGAAAACACUUAACUCGAUUACUAUUGAUCCAAACAGAACGAGGGUUCGGCUGUAGCCUACUUGAAACAUACUAUUGAGAACAUAUUCGCUGACAUGCACGUGAUGAACACAGUUUUUUGGGGGGUUUUCAUCGCAGACUUUUUUUUGCCUUAGGCGCUCGGGAUUUGUCAUAGGCGUUCGGGAAAACGGCUUAGGCGCGCCCACAUUUUCUCAAUGCAGGAAAAACCCUGGAUACGCAGUACAAUGUAACAUCUGUUGAUGUACUUGUAAUCUCAGUGAGUCAUUCUAUCUUUUAUUGAUGCACCGAUCUGAUCGGCGCCGAUCCAUAUCGGCCGAUAUUCCCAUUAUCGGUUUUGAUCGGCGUUCUCAAAACGGCCGAUCACAACGGCCGAUCAGAUGACGUAACAUCUGCGAGAAAAACUAUCAGAGACGUUUCAAUCGCCGCGCACCGCAACGGAAGAAAUUCGUCCGGCGAGGGCCGCAGAGGUCAGAGGUCCACGAGGGGAUCCUCACGCACCGAGCGGCGUCCCCGUCCCCCGAGUUGAAUCUCUGGGUCAACUCAGCCGACUCUCACAUGUCUGCCCCUAUAAACUGAUGUUGAUGGUAAACGCAUUCGAUCGGAAGCGCGCGAGGGUUUUGAUAAAGUUAGCGGAAGGAUUUAAGUGACAACAUCCGGUUUUGCAAAGUUAGCGGAAAGAACCACGUGAAAAAACAUCCGUUUAUCAAAAUAAGUUGUCGACAAAUCAUACACUAAGAUAUAAAAGUAAACAAUGAACUGAUUUUGUAUCUUUAUAGAUCGUUUCUGAGAUUUAGCUUAAAUUAUGCUAACAUUAAAACAUUUUUACUGUACCAAGGAAGAGUUUAUAAGAAUAAGUCUGACUUUUGUAUGUUAAAAAAAGUCCUGUAAAUAGAUUUCCCCAAGAGUUCCAGGAAAUGAAUGAUGCAGAUGUGUUCCAUACAUAACUGAAAUCCCCUACAAUAGCAAUCAAACAAUUUUAAUGUAUCAAUUAGGACAUUUUUCAAAGUAAAAGUCCUAAAUGUUUAAAGAAAUCUGUAAUUUCUUUUAUGUUUGAGUUGCUUUAUAUAUGUAUUUCCUCAUAGUCCUAGGCAAUAAUGCUAACCAAUAAAUAGAAUGCUUCAAUCGACACCGUGAUCGGUAUUAUCGGAUCGGCAGAUACUGAUUUCAGUGAUCGGUCAUCGGCACCAAAAACCUGACCGGUGCAUCUCUACUAUCUUUCACACUGGGUGUUUUUGUCCCCCCCUCAUUUUUCAAAGGGCCGUCACUUAAAUCUAUGUGAGGCUUCCUCUGUCUUUCUCUCAUUUUCACUGGUUUCACUGGAUUCUCUGGUUCAGUGUUGUGAUACAGUACAAACCUUUGUUAUAUGGUACUUUUCUUGACUGAAUGUGAAGCCUGUCUGCAGAUGAUUAACAGGUUUGGUUGGUUUAACCUAUUGCCCCAAGCUGUUCUCUUCAUGUUGCUCCAGUGUGUAUAUAACUCCAGUAUAGUUGUGCUUCUUUGUGUUGGUUUUGGUUUCUUUUCUUUUUUAAAUGAUUAAAUUAUUCAUGUUUGAAAAAAAAGUUUGCAUGUGAAUUCCAAACAAAACUGUAUAUUUCAUGUAAAUAAACAUUUAAUAAAACAUUGA